AUGCUUUCUCUUAUCCUCACCGCAGAGCUCUCAGGCGUCACCGACCUCCGCCCUCAAGACACCGAGGACGAGCCCUACUACUACACCUUCAAGGUGCAAUGCACCUCCUGCCGCGAGACGCACCCGAACUGGGUCAGCUUCAACCGCUUUGUACGUCCCCUGGCAGCCCCCCUCACCAGCUCAACCAUCGUCGCCAGCUUCGCUAACCAAGUUGAAAAGGAACAACACGAAAUCCCGGGAAGUCGUGGCGAAGCGAACUUCGUCUGGAAGUGCAAGCUCUGCCAGAGAACUCACUCCGCGUCUAUCGUGUCCGGCCCGAAUGCGUACGCUGCCGGCGACGACAAGCGCAAGGGCCAGAAGGUGAUUGACCUUGAGUGCCGCGGGCUGGAGUUUACGGAGUUCAAGCCUGAUGGAGAAUGGGAGGCGAAGGGUGUAGAGUCUUCUACGCCUUUUACGGGCAUUGACCUCGCGGAGGGUGAGUGGUAUGAUUAUGAUGAGAAGGCUGGGGAUGAGGUUGCGAUUAAGGAGCUGAAGUGGGAGUUGGGAAGGGCUUAG